GCCGUGUUGUUUAGAUAUGUCCACAAAGAGCAGCUCAAUCGAACGGCAAGGAUCAGUGUAAUGGCUUCCAAGGGACGCUGGUGCGCCAUCAGAAGGACACCGGCGGAUGCACAACAGUUGCAGGCCUACGUGGCCUGGGUAAAUUCGCAGCUGAAGAAGAAGCCGGAAGUUAAGCCCGUGCAGGACCUGAGGCGGGAUCUCCGAGAUGGCGUUGUCCUGGUGUCCCUCAUCGAGAUCGUAGCUGGAGAGCAACUGAGCGGCGUGCAGGCCAGUCCCACCAGCCAGCAGGAGAUGAAGGAGAACGUGGAGAAGGUCCUGCAGUUCGUGGCAUCCAAAAAGAUCCGUAUGCACCAGACGUCGGCUAAAGAUAUCGUCGAUGGGAACCUGAAGUGCAUCAUGAGGCUCAUCCUCGCCUUAGCCGCGCAUUUUAAGCCUGGCUCAAGCAAGAUGGCUGCUCAGCUUCCGGCAAGCGCGCCGGGAAAGAGCUCCCCGGGAGCUGGCGUGCCCUUCGCCAGCCACAGGCCUCAUUCGGCCACCGCAGUUGCUCAGGGCGCAGCGGCCGCCCUGGCCGAUGUGCGCCAGGACGUCUUGCGCUUGGGGCGAGACGCUUUCCGGCACAGGCAAAGAGACAGCAGCCUCGACGAGGAGAUCGAGCACCCGUACUGGAGUGUCCGGGCGCUGGUGCAGCAGUAUGAAGGGCAGCAAAGUGCGCCUUCAGAGCUCCACUCCUCCAGCCUCACGUCGCCCAGCCCCAUAAACAGUGCAAAGAGCGACUGCAGCGCUGCACCUUCGGAGGAGAAGGCAGGAUCCGACAUUUGUCAUGAAGAAGACGCGGACGCUCGAACAGAAGAGUGGCAGGCAAGGUGCCCCACCAUUAGCUUGGAAACUUCCUGGGAGGAGCAGCUUCUGGAACAGCAAGAUCACUUGGAGAAGGAAAUGGAAGAAGCAAAGAAAAUGAUUUCAGGAUUGCAGGCCUUGCUGCUCAACGGGUCCCUCCCUGAGGACGAGCAAGGAAGAGCGCUUGUCCUGUGCGAACAGGAGACCUGCCCGGAGGAGCAGCUGAUCAUACUCCGAGGCCGACUGGACCAGAGCAUGGAGGAGAACCAGGAGCUAAAGAAGGAGCUGCAGAAGCAAAAACAAGAAGCUCGAAACCUGCAGGGAGUCAAGGAUGCUCUGCAGCAGCGGCUCACCCAGCAAGACACGCUGAUGCUUCAGAUCAAGCAGGAGUUGCUGAGGGCAAGCAUGGACAAGGAGGACCUGCACAGCCAGAACGCUGAUCUACAGAGGAAAGUUGAAGAGAGGAAUCGGCUCCUGGCAGAAUACAAAAAGGAGCUGGGCCAGAAGGAUCGGCACCUGCACCAGCACCAGGCCAAGAUGGAGGAGAUGCUGCGGCAGCUCUCGGAGGCCAGCUACCAGCAGGCAGAGCUGGAGCGGGAGCUGGAGCGCAAAGAAGCCAUCCUGGCACAGUGCGUGAAGAAGGAUGCGGAGGAGGUCAUUGUCUGCAGCAGCCUCGGCUCCCAGACCAACGGCUUCCUCCAGACGUCGGGGAAAGGACCCCUGCCUGCAGCACACAGAGGGUCGGGCGACCUGCAGCUGGUGCGCGAAGCCCUGCGCAGCUUGCGGAAUAGCUUCAGCGGCCACGACCCGCAGCACCACACCAUCGACAGUCUGGAGCAGGGCAUCUCCAGCCUGAUGGAGCGGCUGCACCGCAUGGAAGCGCAGAAGAGGCAGGAGAGACGGGUCCGAGGGAAGUCGCCUGCCGGCCACACGACAAAUGAGUACCGAGACUCCUGGCCCCCCAACUCCAAAUUGCCUCAUUCUCACAGCACCCCUGCAAUGAGCAGCAGUGCCUGCACCAAAGUGCUCUACUUCACGGAUCGUUCCCUCACGCCUUUCAUGGUCAACAUACCGAAGAGGUUAGGUGAGGUUACUCUGAAGGACUUUAAAGCAGCUAUUGACCGGGAGGGAACACACCGGUACCACUUCAAAGCCCUGGAUCCCGAAUUCGGCACAGUCAAGGAAGAGGUUUUCCAUGACGACGACAUCAUUCCCGGGUGGGAGGGGAAGAUUGUGGCAUGGGUGGAAGAGGACCAUGGGGAGAACUAACUGGCCACCUGGACUCUCUUUACCCUGAAGAGCUCCCACUGUUCCCAGCACUUAACCAGGCACUGACCAAAAAAAAAGCAUAUGAACUGAAAUGCAUCGACUCCACUGCCAAAAUCAAGGAACGGACUUCUCUGCACAACGACCGGGGCGAUGCUUUGCCAGAGGCAAGGAUGCCUGGCAUUUGAGUUCCAUAGCCAAAUCUUGUGAUGUUUGAAAGUCCCAUAUUGUGAAGAGUGAGCCCCUUCCUUUAUUCAGUCCGUGCUGGCCUUAACGAUGCGUUUU